AUGUCUAAUAUAUUGUAUGCACUUGAUCAUCCAUGUCUUAUUAUUGUUCAUGAUAUUUAUGAUAUAUUAAAUACUGUUUAUAGUAUGCUUGAAUUAGUUGAACAUGAAGAAUUAUUUGAUCGUAUUGUGGCUAAAGGUCAAUUAGCUGAAUCAACAACUAAAACCAGACAAUGGUCUUUUAACAACACCAAAUUAUCUUAG